AUGUCCAAAGCAGAGGACAAGUCGCCGGUAACGCAGGCCGUGGAUGAUGAUGAACCGGAUGAAUGGGAUAAACGGAUCUUCAGCACCGGAUGUGCAGCGGAGCAGCUGAAGAUGAACGAUUGUUACUUUGAAAAGAAGGACUGGCGAGCGUGCAAGAAAGAAAUGGAGGCAUUUCGCGAGUGCUGGAAACGCCACGGCAAUGAACAGCGGACGGAAUCAAAGGACGCUUCAUAA